CACUCGAGCUCGCAAAGCUUGUGCGAGUGCUUUCAGCCUUCCCUGCGUUGGUGCGGCCCAGAUCUCGCGAGCAGCUCGCCCCGCAGCCACAGUACGCCAGCAGAAACGCCGGCGAGGCAGGAUGGCCGAGCUCGCCAGCAAAAUGGACAAAAUGGACACGGACGCGCGCGUGCCCGUCACCGUAUUGAUCGGCUACCUCGGAGCGGGCAAGACGACGCUACUCAAUAGAAUCCUGACGGAGAAGCAAGACACGAAAUACGCGGUCAUCGUGAACGAGUUCGGGGAAUUGGGCAUCGACGAUCGAUUAGUUAGACGUAGAGUCAACGCGGAGGAGGACAUCUUCGAGAUGAAUAACGGGUGCAUUUGCUGUACGGUGCGGGCGGAUCUAUCGAGAAUCCUAAAUAAACUACUGCAGCCGGGGAUGAAGCCGUUGGACGGGGUCAUCGUAGAAACCACAGGUCUGGCGGACCCGGCGCCCGUGGCCCAGACGUUCUUCGUUGACGAGGUGCUGAAGGAACGGGCUCGGUUAGAUGCCCUCGUUACUGUGGUUGAUGCCAAGCACGCUUUGACGAGACUGGGUGAGAUCAAGCCGGAGGGCGUGGAAAACGAAGCGGUGGAACAAGUAGCCUUUGCUGAUAGAAUAUUGGUGAAUAAGUGCGACCUUGUCGACGAGGAACAACUACAGCGAGUAGAAGCCAAACUUAGAAGUUUAAACAAGCUCGCACCGCUCGUACGUUGUACGAAGGGCGCGGGCUUCGCGCUGGACUUCGUGCUGGGCGUGAAAGCGUUUUCUCUGGCAAAAGUGCUGGACAUGGAGCCCGACUUCCUCGACGAGGACGGCGAGCACCAGCACGACUCUUCUAUAACGUCCGUCGGUCUGAAAGCCAGUAAACCGUUAGACAUGGUCUCGAUAAACGGCUGGCUGACGGAACUAUUAGCCUCCAAGGGCGUCGACAUCUUCCGCAUGAAGGGCAUCCUGCAUAUCCAGGGGCAAGAGCGCAAGUUCGUCUUCCAGGGCGUGCACAUGCUCUUUAGUGGCGAGCCGCUGGAAGAAUGGGGGGUUGAUGAGGUCAGGGAGUCGCGGCUCGUGUUCAUCGGGCGCAACCUCAAGUUCGAGGAGCUCGACGCGGGGCUCAAGGACUGCUUAGCCUAGCCCCCCUUGUU